ACAGUUAUUGGGAGGAGUGACGUGGAAGGUGGGACCCACAGUUCAUUGAUUUUUGCUCAAAUUUGUUGGUGGUUUGCGGUGAGCCGGUGGCCAAACCAAUCUCCAAAUAUAUGAAAGAGAUUAAACUGAAAAAGCAAAAACAAAAAAAACAAAAAAACAGAGAGAAGGAUUAAAAAAAAAAAAGACGGAUUGAAACAGAGAAAAGAGAAACAAAAUGGGAUAUGCACCACUCAAACAAGGACCCAUAUCCGUUGUAGCCAAUGGAAUCUCUCCUUCUAAUAUCCUUUUUGUUUAUUUGGCACCUUUUUCCUUCCCACUGAUCCUAUUAUCAAAACCCAACAUAACCAAAACAAAUAAAUUUAGAAACUAAAUCCCAAAAAACUUUUGUUUUUUUUUAAAUAAUAAAGAAGAAUUAAAAAUAGAGCAGCUUGUAAAAAACUGUGGAAGGCAGGUUCCAACUCUAACAACCUCUUGUUUUUCUAACUGUUCUAGUAUCCACUUUGGAACAACCGUCUUCUUUUUCUCCUUGUAUUUCUUCUCCUUGGUUUCUUCAUUUGCUUCUUCUUUUAGCUUAUAGCUGGCAGCUUUUUAAGUGUCAUAAAGGAGAUUUACUGUACAAGAGAACAAUUUUGUUUAGCCUAGUUGCCUAGGGAAUAUACAGUUGAAGAAUUAUAGGAAAUUUUUUUAAAUUGACAAACUGGUUGAAUUGUGUGAUAGUAACUGUACCAACGUGAGAAGCUAUAUGAUGGCCACAGCUGCUGUGAUUGGACUUAGCACUGGGAAGAGACUCUUGAGUUCUUCCUUUUUUUAUUCUGAUAAUACAGAGAAGCUCUCAUACGCCAGUGAUUACGGAUCUUCGUAUUAUCAAACUUCUUCGACAAAAAGUUUAGUAGUAGCAAAAAAAUUAUCUAAUUGUAGCCAAAGUCUUCCAUCAUCCAAUCGGCGUACUCGGUCAAUUAAAGCUCUUAAAGAGCACGUGGAUUCUGCCUCCGUUAUUUCAACUGUGGACCCUUGUUUUCAGGGAUUCAAUGACUUAGAAGAAGAAAGCUAUGAUCUUGACUACUCUGUGGAGGCUCUUCUUUUGCUUCAGAAGUCUAUGCUGGAAAAGCAAUGGACUCUUUCUUUUGAGAGUACAGUGUUCACUGAAUCACCAAAUAGAAAAACUCACAAGAAGAUACCCGUUACUUGUUCUGGGGUGUCUGCUCGGCAACGAAGAUUAAAUACUAAUAGGAAAAUUCUGAGCCAAAAUAAACUAAUGAUACAACCUAGUGCUAAGCACCUAAGAUCACUGGUCAGUCCAGAGCUGCUUCAAAGUCGUUUUAAGGGUUAUGUGAGGGGUGUAGUAAGUGAAGAGUUGCUCGGCCAUGCAGAAGUUGUGCGCUUGUCAAAGAAAAUAAAAGCUGGACUUUCCUUGGAGGACCACAGAUUAAGAUUGAAGGAGAGACUGGGGUGUGAGCCAUCCGAUGAACAGCUUGCAACUUCCUUGAAAAUUUCUCGUGCUGAGUUACAGUCAAAAUUAAUUGAAUGUUCUUUGGCUAGAGAAAAAUUAGCAAUGAGCAAUGUUCGUUUGGUUAUGUCGAUAGCUCAAAGAUAUGAUAACAUGGGUGCUGAAAUGUCUGAUCUUAUUCAGGGUGGUUUGAUUGGACUGCUGCGUGGCAUUGAAAAAUUUGAUUCUUCAAAGGGAUAUAAAAUUUCAACUUAUGUGUACUGGUGGAUACUCCAGGGUGUUUCUAGAGCACUAGUUGAGAACUCAAAAACAUUAAGAUUGCCGACGCAUUUGCAUGAAAGAUUGGGAUUAAUCCGAAACGCAAAAAAUAGACUGAAAGAGAAAGGCAUAACACCAACUAUUGAUAGGAUUGCCAAGAGUCUGAACAUGUCUCAGAAGAAAGUUAGGAAUGCUACAGAGGCAGUAAGUAAGGUCUUCUCACUUGACAGGGAUGCAUUCCCCUCUUUGAAUGGUAUUCCCGGAGAGACUCAUCAUAGUUACGUUGCAGAUAACCGUGUAGAAAACAUUCCAUGGCAUGGAGUAGAUGAGUGGGCACUCAAGGAUGAAGUGAACAAACUCAUCACUACAACGCUUGGAGAACGAGAAAGGGAGAUUAUACGCCUUUAUUAUGGUCUAGAUAAGGAAAGUCUUACAUGGGAGGACAUCAGUAAAUGCAUAGGUUUGUCCAGAGAGAGGGUUAGGCAAGUUGGACUUGUGGCGUUAGAGAAACUAAAACAUGCGGCGAGGAAGAAUGAAAUGGAGGCUUUGCUACUGAAACAUUGAUUUUGUAUGCUUCAACAUUCACAUGCGUCAACCGAGUGUAAGGAGGAAAAGAGAAAGAUGGUGAUUACUACUACUCCAUCAUGUGCAGAAGGUUGUGGUUUCUAUGGUUGGGUGGAGACCAAGAACUUCAAGUGUUACAAAUUAUAGCAGUUAAAACAAGAGCUUUCCAGCUCAACCAAGACAAAAGAUCCUAGUUCAGCUGCGCCAUACCAUUCUGUUUCUGUUGAUUCUACAUCAGUUUCUAGUCCAUCGAAACUCAAGAAAAAAUGUUAAAAGCUGCAACAAGAAGCUUGGUUUGAUGGGUUCUGCAUGUCGCUGUGGCAAAUUUUUGUCAGGUUCACCAGUACCUGGAACAUUCAUUCAACUAUGAUUUUAAGGAGGCUGAUCGCCAAGUUUUAGCCAACGAAAACCCAGUUAUUAAGGGUGACAAACUGAAAUCAAGGAUGUAGCCUUUUUUCCCUCUUACACUAGUCUAUAUAUAAACUAUUCAAUAGAGGGAAAAUUGUUGCCUUGAAACUGUCAUCAAAUUUAGAUGGCACGUCUAAUUUGUAGUAGAAAUAAAAGGGUUUUAACAUGAUGGGACUACUUCUAAAGAGGAAAGGACAAAGAAUUUCCAUCUUAUAGGCACAUGAAAUCAACAGUUUCUAACUUUCUAUAGCUGAAGAGCUAAAAAGGGGGAAAAAGUAAGCUCUAUGUAUUCUAUUUUAUUUAUUUAAAGAACAAACUGGGUAGACACUAGUCACUGCACGUCUAACUCCUUCCCUUUGGGUUUACACUUGUCACUAGGCGCUAGUCCGGUUGGAAGGAUUGGAGUUGGAAACUGGUAAAGAGAGUUGAAAAACAGGAUAAAAGCGUAGUGCUAUGAAGUGAGAGAACUUUUGUACACUUGAAAACAAAUCAACUUCAAUUUUGCAGCUACCGAGUAGCUUCAUUAUAUUAGAUAUAGGGAUAAGAUUAAGGGAACUCCACCAAGGUACAUUUACCUACAAAUCUAGAUGAGCCAGAUCGCGGAUGAAUCCUUCCAAAAAAAAAAAAAAAAAACA